AUGCUCGACCUUCAAAUGAGACCUAGAAGGGUAGCUGGGACACCUUCCACUCUGCAGAAGGUCAAUAGGUCUAUGCAUACUCCUGUGCCAAAACCCAUGGCUGGAAACAGCCAGCUUAGCUCCCAUCAGGCUGAGCCAUUAGACAUGCCCUUGGCAUCUAAUUCCAGUCCUAAUCAGGCUGGAGCCAUGCCACUCCCCUCUGCACAUGGCAAGGUCAAUACCCAGGCAGAAGGACCAUCCCUUACGCCUGGGGAAGACCCCAAAGAGGUGUCGACAGGAGGCGAUCCAGUCCCAGAUGCAUCAGGUCAGCAGGCACCAGAACCAGUGCCACCUCUAGAUAAGCCACCUGAUGCAAACAUAAAAGAUGCACCAGAACCAGGUGCAUCAAACUUGCCCCAUCCAGACCCUGGAGACCCUCCAGGCCCAUCUGCAGGGCCUGAUCCCAUAGUCAUUGAGGCUAUGCACAAAAGUACAAUGGCAGAUCAUAACGAUUCAACUAUCAAUCUUCCCACAGGUGUGCCUCUAGGCACACCAAUUGCUCCAGAACCACCGCCUCCCAAUGGAGAGGGUAUCCAACCUGACCCCCCCCCCACUGCAGCUAGUGCACUUGGGACUGCCAUUCCCCUGCCCCCACUCAAAAGGACUGGGAUGAACUGUCAUGGCCGUGCAUUCUGGCCCAUUCCCCACCUGUCCUGA